AUUGUCAGCUCUGUAAAGCUUGCAUUCAAGUGUUCAUGUUAUGAAGCGUCUAUAAAAAAUAAUUUUUGUAAACACAUGCAUUUGGUUGCAAUGUAUAUUACCCAAAAAUGUACUGAGGAUAUUGCUAACUUGUCACAAAAAGAAGAAGAUCUACAACCUGACAGUGUAGAAGAGCUCCACAUUGAUGUACCGUCUGCUGCUAAAAUUAGCUUAAACCAGGAAGUCACUUUACGCAUUGCUGAAAUCUCUGAAAGAAGCAUUACGAAUAUCAAUAAUAUAGAAGAACAAUGCAACAAUACAUUCACCUCAAUUAUGAGUCAGUGCGCCAGUAGCAUCUCAUGCGCAAUCGAUCAACUCAACGUUUGGGUUCGUUCGUGGUUGUCUCUGUCAGCUGUCUGUUGUCCGCACUACCUCACUCCGCAGUACAAGAUGGCUGGAGAACAAUUAAUGAUAAAUUAUCCAAAUCUGAAUAACAAGAAAUUGCCUCUUUUCCUUGGAUGUGUGUCUGAYACGGAGGAAGACCAGGCCAUGAAUGCUUUUCAGCGUACGUGCUUCAGAGAGGUUGAAAUAACUAAUGUCGUAGGGUACAAAAGAAAUUGCGAACCAUCUUGCAUUUGGAGAGUUUGCUACAAAAUAAAGGACCGAACACCUGAUUACCAUGAAAAGGGGAGCGAAACCAAGAAAACUACCUAUAUCUGUCCAUUGCCAAACAGCGAUGAGGAACUAAAACAACUAUUUUUAGAUAUAACGAAAAUUUGUGGUUUCAUUGGAAUGAAAGUAGUGGAAAAGCAGUACUGUAAAAAUAGAGAGCUUGCAGUAGUAUACUAUAGUCCAAUAUUCUGUUCUUGUGGAGUACAGGAUUUUAAUAUGGACGCAGAGGAACCUCGUAUGCCGCCAUUAAUUUCAGAGGUGAUGAUGGAUUUAUGUAGCUUGCAAUUAUAAGAGAUUUUGGUUGUUGUUAAUUUCUAGGCCCAGUUGUGAUAAUGUUUAAAUUAAGUUUUUAAUGGGCUUAAGAAAUAUGUACCUUGAUUUAUAUUAGUAAAGUGAAAGCAUUAUACAGGGUAUUUCACGAGUGAUAAUGAGCCUGAUGGAAUUGAAAAUACAACCCACAAUACAUUUGCAAAGUUAACGAGGAUAUUUUAGAUAUCGCAUUGUUUGAAAAACCGAAUUAUGAAUCCACGAUUGCUUUGCUUCGAUAAUUUUAUUUGUCACAACCAUGUCAAAACUGACAUUAGCAAAAUUUCAAAAUGCAUUGGAACGAUGAGAAAACAGAUCUGAUUUUCAUUUAUGACGAAUUUGGGAAAAAUACUUCUUUUGUA